AUGGUGCAGCCUCAAAGGACGCGGUAUCUGAAAACAGGUGCCAUUGUGGGUGUCCUGUUAUUGAUGCUGUUCUGGCUAUCACCAUCCAGACCCACUGUGAGCGGUCUCAGACAAGCACAAUCGCCCUCUACUGUUCCCCUGACAGGAAAGUGUUCUAAACCUUACGACUCGUCAAAGCCAUUGAUUCAGUAUGCGCUCAUGAUUGAUGCCGGUAGCACGGGAUCUCGCAUUCACGUCUACCGAUUCAACAACUGCGGCUCUACACCCGAGCUCGAGAAUGAAAUCUUUGAGCAAACUGAGAAGAAACCAGGUGGCUCUGGUCUGAGCUCUUACAAGGAGGAUGCCGAGGGAGCCGCCAAAAGUCUCGACCCCCUUAUGGACGUGGCCAUGAAAAACGUUCCCGACGAGUACAAAUCGUGUUCGCCAGUCUCCGUGAAGGCUACAGCUGGCUUGCGUAUGAUUGGGCCUGAAAUGAGCGAGAAGAUCCUUGAGGCUGUUAGAACUCGUUUGGAAACCGCCUAUCCCUUCCCAGUGGUCUCUAAAGGGAAGGGUGGCGUUGAAAUCAUGGACGGUUCGGAUGAGGGUGUCUAUGCCUGGAUUACCACCAACUAUCUUCUUGGGAAAAUUGGUGGACCUGAUGAAACGCCUACCGCUGCGGUUUUUGACCUAGGUGGUGGCUCCACUCAGAUUGUCUUCCAGCCUACCUUCCCGAAGAGCAAGGCUGGUGGCAUGCCGGAGCACCUCGCUGAAGGCGACCACAAGUACUCGCUUAAAUUUGGGGGACGGGAAUUCGAGUUAUACCAGCAUUCUCACCUGGGCUACGGCCUCAUGGCUGCUCGUGAAUCUAUGCACAAGGCCGUUGUUGAUGCCAAGCUGGCCCAGAGUCCCAAAGACCAAUCGUGGUUGACGCAGCCGAUCUCUAAUCCGUGCAUUGGACCAGGAAUGGAGCGUGAUGUGGUAUUGAAAUACGAAGCAGACCACCCUCUUGGUUCGCAGGUCACGGUCAAAAUGGUUGGACCUAAGGAACAGUCUGCUCCUGCUCAGUGCCGCGCUCUGGCGGAGAAGAUCCUCCGGAAGGAAGCGGACUGCAAAUUGGCACCCUGUUCCUUCAACGGUGUGCACCAGCCAUCUCUCGAGAAGACUUUCUCUCGUGAAGAUGUGUACAUCUUCUCUUACUUCUACGACCGGACUAAGCCGCUAGGCAUGCCCGACUCUUUCACACUAGACGAACUCCACCAACUUACCGCGAAUGUCUGUGGCGGUGAGGACAAGUGGAAGAUAUUCGAGGGCGUUGAGGGUGCUCUUGGAGAAUUGCGUGGCCGUCCUGAGUGGUGUCUGGAUCUCAACUUCAUGCUUGGGCUGUUGCACACAGGCUACGAUAUGCCCCUAUCGCGUGAAGUCAAAGUUGCUAAGAAGAUUAAGGGCAAUGAGUUGGGUUGGUGUCUCGGCGCAAGUUUACCCUUGUUGAGCCAGGAGUCUGGCUGGACAUGCCGUGUUAAGGAGAUCUCAUGA